AAAUUUUCAGUGUGACUGUGGAAAUAAGAAGUUUGGCGGGUUCAAGUGCAAGUUGUACUCAGUAAGUUGUUGACAGCUGAUGCACUUCUGGUGUAACCACACCUUGAACAUCUAAUCUUACUAGGCAUUGAAAGGCAUGCACAUGCUGAAGUCUCAAAAUUUCAUGAUGUCACAAAAGUGCAAAAAAAGGAAAUUAGUGUUUUUCUAGUGUUUCCUUAAAGGCUUUGGUUGAAAUUUGCAAUUUGCAUUUUACACAGCUAUGUAAAUAGGCAGAAAAUUUAUGAAUUUUUUUUCAGUCUAUGAUGUACUCAUAUGACCUAAAAAGAAAUCCAGGGUGCAUGAUUAUUGUUAACUUUCACUGCAAUUGCCAGGAACACAAAACCUAAUGUUAAACAAAUAGUUUGUUCAAAGCUCUUCAUCCAUCAAAAGUUGCAUAUAUUUUAGCUACUUUAGAGAGCCACCUUGAUUAGGUGUGUUAAGAAGUUUUACAUAUCUGCAAGAAAAGGGAGACAAAAUUUAACCCUAAAAAAUGCCUUACUGCUAUUCAGGUAGUGCUUGAUUGCCACUUGAGAAGCCCACCAUCCGCAAUUUUGCAAGACACUCAAUUUAAAGAAGCAAACAAAACCCAAGUCAACUAUUUGAAAACUCUGGGCAAAGUAAAUGUAUUUCGUUAACCAUGUGAUGAGUCAUUUAUUCAUAAUUUUGUUUAGAUCAUUUUGUAUUAAUCAUUGCCAUUUUGAGAAGCCUGUUUUAUCAAACAAACUUAAUGUUAUGCCAUAACAUCUCAAACAUGUGGAAGGAAAUUUUUAAUGAUAUGCACUACUGCCUGAAACCAUAGGAACAUUGCUCUUGUGUUUGGUUUCUGAACAGUGAUGAAAUGAUGGCUUUUUGUCACGGCUGCAAACAAACAAAGCAAAAGACAAAGCCCAGACAGAAAGGGAGCAAAUUACUGGGAGUUUGUGCUCUAAUGGUUAUUUUGCAGAAUAACACAUUUACACAUGUGUCUUGUGAUUGAUUGUUAGGUCUUACUUGUUGUUCACAUUCUUAUUAUUCAAGGAAAAAGGACCAGAGAAUUCUAUGAACAAAUACAAUCAAAAUUUCAGAGGAGUUUACUGCACCUGUCACAGACCAUAUCCUGAUCUGGAGGAUGAGGUACAACUUUAUACUUGGGUUUACUCAUGCUGAUAUUCCAGAAAUAUGAUCCAUUUGAGAUAAGCAUUUUAGGAAUUGUCCUGUAAGCUUUAUGUACUAGGUCACUGACUCAGUUUGCUUAUAGAGGGUUUUUAAAGAUGUAUGUGUUGAAAGGGUACAUAGUAUGUUUUUCUGUUUUUCUCCAACCUUCUUCCUGCACUAACACUACAGGGUGGAUACUUUAUAUGGAGCAACAUACCUAUACUCAUGAGAGAUAAGACACUAUUAGUACCUUAGGUCUUUGAUUCCAAAUGAAUACAUGUAACCCAAAUUUUUUUGAUAUGAUGUCUGAUGGAAUUUAUGAUUCUUUUUUUUUUUCUUUUUUUGUUUUCUUUCAAAAACCCUUGUAACACCAGUGUAAAGGUUUUGAUUUUUUCUUAAUUAGUUUAAAAUUUCUUUUGAUAUAUGUCAAUUACAGAUUGAAGAUGAAAUGAUUCAAUGUAUCAUUUGUGAGGACUGGUACCACUCAAGGGUGAGUGACACAGAGAGUCCCUCAAUCUAAAAAAUUUGCUGUUCGUACAGAGGAAAUUAUCCUGAAAAAUGAAACUCACUCGUUCAGCAUUUGACAUGACAAAAAUUAGUAUAUUAUCAGCACAAACUAUUUCCCAUCAUAAAUUUUAGUCAUGCCAAACCAAGAAUUUUUUUAGGGAAACUGAAAACCUAUUAUUUGAUACACCCAAGCAGAGGUCAGGGUUGAAAUUAUGGAGAGGUUUGAAUGUCUUUGACCAGUGAAACAAUAGGCUCCAGUAUCCAUUCCUUGGAUACUGGAAGCACACGGGACCUCUAAGUUGGGUGAAUGAUGACUUAGAUAUCUUAUGGUAAGGGAAUAGUCUGGUUCUGUACUUUCACUUCUAAUUUUAGAGUGUUUCACAUCUGUGUUGUUUUUCAGCACUUGGGAAGCCUUCCACCAACAGGAGGUGAAUUUCAAGAGAUGGUAUGCGAUGAUUGUAUGACAAAAUGCAGCUUCCUUCAAGCUUAUAUCUCUCUCUCAGGUGAAUUGUAGCCACUGAUUGUUUUUAUUCCUGUUUUAUCUUUUUGGCUUAGUGGCUUACCUAACAACGCAUUUGACAUUAGAAAUAAAUAAUAAAAUCAGGUUUAUAAUUAUAGUUUAGAAGUGAUUUAAAUGCCUUUCAGUUAAAGGCUUUAGUAUUCUUUUCUCAGUCAGAGCAGAAAAUGUGUCUGGUGAUGUGACCAUUCCUCAUAUGCCAUUGCAUACGCAUAUACACACAUGACAAGAAUUGAUUUGCACUCAGUGAAUUAAUAUGACCAUAAUGCUGAGUAGCAUUUCUUAACUUCCUGAUAUGAUGAUAGUGCCACAACAGCAGUCUUCAAUUGGCCCCAAUCAACAAGUGGAUAUUAAGCAGGAAACAAAAAGUAAACUUGAUAUUGAAAAGCUAAGUGACUCAGGUAGAGGAGACAAAUUGGUGAGUGAGAAAGGAUAUCAUGAUUCCAUGGGCAGUGGCGAAAGAAGUGGCCAUCAGGAUUGCUCCAGGCUGGUAAGAGAGUUUAUCACAGUCAAAUUAUCCUGAUUUCACUACUGUUCAGUACUACAUAUAAAAACCACAUUCUUGUUCAUAGUUUGGGUUAAAAUCCAGAAUGCAACUUCCAUAUCAAACCAUCUUCAAAUGUUUUGAUAACGAGAUAAGAAGACCCAUUGAGGUUAUGAUACAGUAAUUGAACCAUGUAGACAUACUGAUCUUGAUCCAUUGAGGCAAUAGAAAAAUUUGCAUUGAAAGAAUGAAGGUGGAAUUUUUAAACAUAAUUGUUUCUAAGCAAGCUCAAUGAGUACUAAUCAAUCCUUGCUCUAGACAUAGCUUGAGAGUGACACUUGCAGCUAUUUAAGUGAAACCUGGAUAAUCAUUCUCUGCAAGAAAAAUUUAAUUGGCAGCACUUUUUUUUCAGGGAAUAUGACAGACACUUUUUUUUCAACACUUGUAUUGCAAACGUUGACGUAGUGUUACUUCACCCAUCCUCAAUACAAAGCUAUAAUUUGAUCAGUAGCACAGACUGAAGGUUCUGGUCUAUAGUGUCGCAUUCGAGUGUGCAUUAAAACUUGUCUUCCUUGUGUUCCAUUUUGUGUGAGUCACCAACAAGUCAGAUGAGAGGAAAAACAACUCUUAUUUUGAACUAUUAGAAUCAAUGUUUGUCAAUUUUUCCAUGUUUGAAAAUCAACUUUCACAGUGAUUUACCUAUCAUUUUACAUUUAACCCUUUACACCCUAACAUUAGUAUACAUAUUCUCCUCACUCUUCUUUGUACAUUUUCUAAGGUGGUGACAAGGAGAAUUUGUUUGCCAAUCAAAGGGUUCCUUCCCUGGUGUCCACUUCCUUUAUUCUUAUGACCUUAAUGUGCAAUUCAGGAGUGAUAUUGCAGGAAGAAAUUAGAUGUUAGCCACUCUUAGGGUUUAAUGGGUUAAGAGACAGUUGAUCUGAAUUGUGGAAAAUACAGUUGCCUAACGUUGUACAUUGUCUAGUGACAAGUGAGAACACAACCAUUUCUGUAACAUGUUUUCUGGGCUAAAGGGACUAGAAUAAUCAAUAGAUAUCCCUGUACUGCCAAUCUUCUAAUAAAAUUAUGAUCCAACAGAGAACGUAAAAACUGUGCUUGGUAUUCUCCAGAAGAUUCUGGUUUAGAAAUUCUCUUGACACUAAUUUCUUUGGAGGGGUUAGAAAAUACAGAUUUUGAAUGGUAGAAAGUUCAGGAGUGUUCUUUUAAGGGAGGUUAGGUGUCCUUCUUUUCAGUGGAGGUGUCUGUUACGAUAUAAUUAACUGCAUAACUACUUUAGUUCUCUCUUUCAGAGUAUCAUCUUGUUAGAUUCAGAUAUUUAAGGUAUAUAGUAAAACUCUUGGCAAUAAAUGUAUUUUCAAUGUUGAAUCAGUGAUUAAUUCUUAUUCUUUGUUGUAGGAUACAUCCCAAACACCUCACUCUGAUUCUCAAAAGCCAAAUUGCUCAGGCAAAUCAGACAUAGUAACGACUGUGGGAAAAGCGAAAAAAUUCACUGCAGAUGACUGUAAUGCCUCAAAACUUGAAAACUCUACGGCAGAUUGCAAGCUUUUUCAGCUUCAAGCAAGUGUGACAACAGUCGAAAACAGAGCAACCUAUUGGCAUACUGGGUGGCGGUCUAACUUAUGCAAGUGUGAUAAGUGUGUGGUAAGGAUGUUAUUGAAUGAAAUAAUUCUACACCCUAGCUGUCAAAAUUCACAGUUUUUUUACUUGGCAAAUUAGAGUAUGACAAUUUAGCUUAUAGUCCCUUUAUAGAUCAUUGGAUGUAUUGUAUCUGACUGAUGAAUCUGACACAAUGGUUGCCUAUGAGCAGAGAGGCAGGGAGAAGAUAUCCAGUGUUUCAUCAUAUGAGAGUGGCAUGCAGGCGCUACAGAACAUGGCGCGUAUUCCACAAGUGGAGGUCAUGCAUGGUGUGUGGAUAAAAAUCUUGAAUUGAAAUUAAGUAGUACAACUAUAUUAUGAUGUUUUAUUAUUAUUAUUAUUAUUAUUAUUAUUAUUAUUAUUAUUAUUAUUAUUAUUAUUAUUAUUAUUAUAUGUACCAGCAAUGAUGUAUUCAAUGCAAACCUCAAUGCGAUUGAGAGUGGUAAGACCAAAAUUAAAAUUAAUUUUAAAUACCACGCUAGACUAUAGUUCCACGAGUAUAAUUAUUCUUUCAAAAAGUGUACGUGUUGUCGCGGUUCGUUUACUACCAUUUUCUAACUACUAUGAACAUCCUGGCUGCGUACUGACACGCUUGAAAACUUAAAGAUUGUCUUGACAAAACGUCACGUUUUACCACCGACUCAAAUUGUAAAAUAUGAUCGGCCAAAAAAUUCGCAAGAUCACCUCCAUCUCCGGUCACCGAAAUAAUGGAAGAUUUUACCACAAACGUGAACCUGCCCCUUGCUGUUGACAUUCAUUGCAUAUAAUUGAUCGAUAUGUUUCAAGUGUAAAAACGCAUAGCGCGGUCAAAACUGGACACAUGUGAAAAUGCGAGGGCUUCGGGGUCUUCGUUUGUCACGUUUCUCCGUGUCUCGCCGUCUUCAUUUUCGCGGCCUCUUUUAUUACUUCUCAUAUGGGUGUCUGUUUCAUACAGGUUUUGCUUUAUACCUAAUAAUACUGUAAACAAAGUGCUGUGAUAUUCAAUAUCUAUGCUGCUUGGGUUUGCUUUACUGCACUUUUCUUUUAGUCAAGAUAACUUGCACUAUCCUUCAAACCAAUGAGACGUAAUACUUACUACGAAACACUUCUCGAUCUCUCUAGUUUCAGGACGUUCAAGGCAGUGUCCCGUUUUACUCUGAUCUCCUAUUUGUUCCUUGUUUUAGUUUCAUUCCAUGUGAUUGUGAUGCUAGACUACUAGGUCUUCAUGUCUUUCGUAGUUCUUUACUUACACUGGUUCGUCUGUUUGUAGGUUACAAUGAUAUGAAAAACGAGCUGACAGAGUAUCUUAGAGGGUUUGUGGAACAAGGAAAGGUAAUCUACAAGUAGAGAAGUAACCGACACUCACGUACGCAAAGACAUAAUACUGAAACGAAACUGAUGGCUUUUGACAGACUUUAUUGAAAUGGAAUGGUUAUGUUGAGGAUUGCUUUGCGGUAUUUUGAAAUUACCUACGUAUUUGUAAUAGGUAUACUUGCAUUUUGUAACAAAACCGACCUAUGAAUUUUGUAUUAAGGGUUGCAGCAUUUUGAACUAAUCGUCGGUCUACGCAAUUUAUGACAACACCUCAACGCAAAUUGUAAUAAUAAAUAUCAACUUGUCACAAAGAUGAAUAAAACGACGCGCUUGCCUGUCCGAAGGUGUACCGUGCUACCUUAAAGUGAACACUGCAUUAAAGCUGAAGUAUUUUUCUUGUUUCUCUUUUUCGUAUCGGCAGGUUGUGAAAGAGGAAGACAUCAGAAACUUUUUUGACACACUUCAGUCUCGUAAGAGACAACGAGUCGGGAGUGAAGAUUCUAUUCAGUACAGAUGUCGCUAAUAAAACAGCAAAACACAUACUGCUAUAAUUGAAUGAGGCGACACAGAAUCACAGCAUGCACAAGAUUAAGAGUUAGUGAUACACUUAGGCUUACCUCUCACUAAAAUACCUUGUGAACAGGCAAUACUGUCAACUGUUAAUGAAUUUUUCUGAUAGUUUCAAACGUUACGUACAAUAGCCGUAAGGUGACGUGUCUUAUCGUGUAACGAAGUUGUAGUUUAAAGUACAUCAUGCUAAGUACUGAAUUAAAAUGGUUUUUGCGGCAC